GCUCAGGCUCAGCCUGUACGUUCCCGGCGGGUCGAAAAGUGAAGAAACGUUUUUUUUUUCUUCCUUUCCAACACGAGAGCUCCGAGAAUCAGCUCCUCUUGUUUCUGGCCCCGUCCCGUCCGUCCCCUUCCCUCCUCCAUUCUCUUUCCUCUCGUGGAAGAGGGGAGGAGGAAAGCUUUACGCGCAAGAAGAAAAUCGAUCAGGGGCGACACAUCGCCGGCGGCCGGCAUUGCCGUUUUCCUCUCGCGUCCGGCGGCUUUCGUCGAGCGGCCGGCCAAGCUUCCCUCCCGCAGGUCAGGGAGGAGAUAAUUUGCAAAGGAGUCAGAGACGAAGAGGGUGACGAUGGCGGGCGGGGAGGAGAGGAUCGUGGUGUCCGUGCGGCUGCGCCCUGUGAACGCCCGGGAGGCGGAGCGCGGCGACGGCGCUGAGUGGGAGUGCUCCGGCCCGACCACGCUCAAGUUCCUCGGCACCAUCCCGGAGCGCGCCAUGUUCCCGGCCACCUACACCUACGACAGGGUGUUCAGCCCGGAGUGCAGCACGGCGCAGGUGUACGAGGAAGGGGCCAAGGAGGUGGCCCUCUCCGUGCUCGCCGGAAUCAACUCCAGCAUAUUCGCGUACGGCCAGACGAGCAGCGGGAAGACGUACACGAUGGUCGGCAUCACGGAGCACAGCAUGGCAGAAAUCUACGGCUACAUAGAUAAGCAUCCUGAGAGGGAGUUCAUCCUCAAGUUCUCGGCCAUGGAGAUAUACAACGAGGCCGUCCGGGAUCUCCUGAGCUCUGACGCCACACCUCUCAGGCUCCUCGAUGACCCGGAGAAAGGAACAGUGGUAGAAAAGCUCACCGAGGAAACUCUGAGGGACAAAGGCCAUCUCCUCGAGCUCCUUGCGGUGUGUGAAGCUCAACGACAGAUUGGGGAGACUAACAUGAACGAAACGAGCUCUAGGUCUCACCAAAUACUCAGGCUGACCGUUGAGAGCUCAGCAAGGCAGUUUUUGGGGAGAGGCAACUCCAGCACUCUUGUGGCUUGUGUGAAUUUUGUGGAUCUUGCAGGAAGUGAGCGUGCUUCACAAACAGCAGCAAGCGGUAUGAGGCAAAAGGAGGGUAGUCAUAUCAACAAGAGUCUGCUUACACUGGGAAAGGUCAUUCGGCAGCUCAGCGGGGGUAGAAGCGGACAUAUUCCCUAUAGAGACUCGAAGCUCACUCGCAUAUUGCAGUCUUCUUUGGGAGGCAACGCGAGGACAGCCAUCAUCUGCACAAUGAGCCCGGCGCACUGCCACAUUGAGCAGUCCAGGAACACACUCUUGUUUGCAAACUGUGCGAAAAACGUAGUCACCAAUGCACAGGUCAAUGUUGUGAUGUCAGACAAGGCAUUGGUGAAGCAUCUUCAAAGAGAGCUUGCCAAGUUGGAGAAUGAGCUCAAGUUCCCUGGAUCAGUCUCUUGCUCUAAUCAUGCUGAGGCUCUGAAAGAGAAGGAUGACCAGAUUAAAAAGCUGGAAGAGCAGCUGAAAGAAUUAAUGGAGGAAAGAGUUACUGUUCAAUCUCAACUUGAUAAUUUCCGCAAAGUUGCAAGUGAUGAUCAUCUAAAUGCUCACAAAGCAAGGCGAUGGGAGGAACACAGUCGGUCUUCAGAUUGCUUUCCACGUAAUAUGUCCGAAGAUGCAUUUUCAUUUUCAGAUACUCAUGAUAUGUCGUAUCAAGAUGAAGCAAUGGAUGAACCGUCAGCGCCGCUACCACGACGACCCAGUAACCAUGUUUUCGACAGGAUAAGUGAAUACCAACAAAAGAGUGUGGCCUCCCAAUCAGCAUCUGAGGUUUCUGAGGAGCAGUGCAAGGAAGUACAGUGCAUUGAAACAAAUGAGCUCAGAAGAAGGACAAGCCAAGAAUCCUUUCAUGCAUACAAACUUGAAACAGCGGAAAAGGAGAAGCAAGCUUGCACUGACGAAGAGAAGCAUGAUGAAAGCGUCAGAAAAGACACAGAAAAUGCCAUCGAGCUAUAUGCAUGCGAUUCUGACGCCUCUUUGGACAUCGAGCAAUCAAACACUGACGACGAACCAUUGGCCCUGAAGAGGUGUGUGGUAAGCUCCAGAGAUAUUGCACUAGCUAGGAGCAGUAGCUGCAAAGCAAGCUUCAUGGUAAUACCAAACAGCUGGUUUGAUGAUUCCAUGAGUGCAAACAUGACAACACCACCAAGUGAACAUUUCAAGUAUCCUCCAAGAAGGCCAGAGAAGGUCAGGAGGAGCGUGUUUCCUGAAAAAGUUGCCUCGGAUGCCGUCACCGACAACAGCACAGGCAACACUGAAGAAGAAAGUGCUGUGAAUGACACGAGCUGCGUAAGUGAAGCUAAGCAAACUGAGGAGAACGAUGCAUCCCAACAAGAGGAAAAUCAGGUGCAAGUCAGCACAGAUUCAUCACUGAGCACCUUCGAGUCUCCUUCAAGGUGGCCCUUUGAUUUCAGCAAGAAGCAACGAGAGAUCAUUGAGCUGUGGCACGACUGUCAUAUCUCCAUAGUGCACCGGACUUACUUCUUCCUCCUCUUCAAUGGAGACCACACAGAUCACAUCUACAUGGAAGUAGAACACAGACGACUGUCCUUCAUCAAGAGUUCCUUCAUCGCAGAUGGUGAGCCGAACGCUACUAUUGCAUCAAGUUUGAAGACUCUUAAGUAUGAGAGGGAUAUGCUGUACAGGCAGAUGGUGAGGAGGCUCGGCUACUCAGAGAAGGAGAGCCUCUACAGCAAGUGGGGGAUCGAUAAGAGCUCCAAGCAGCGGAGGCUGCAGCUGUCGCGCCGCAUCUGGACACAGACUGACAUGGAGCAUGUGAGGGAGAGUGCUGCGCUUGUUUCGAAGAUGAUCCAGCAUCUAGAGCGUGGGCAGGCCAUCAAGGAGAUGUUUGGGUUGAGCUUCUCUCUGAAUCUGCGGUCUGGAAAAUCUUUCAGCUGGGGUGGAGGCUACUCCUGAGUCUUGAGACGAGUUGGAGUUUUGAAAAAUGUGACAUGGAGGUAGAUGGAUACAUAGCACACCAAGCUGCUCAUCGUGAAAGAAUUGACAUCGGGUCCAGAUCUGGUUGAGUAAUGCUGACGGGCUUGCCUAUGUUUUGCUGAUUUAUGCCGGUGACUGACAUUUCUGAGCGGGGCUGAUGAAAGUUAAAUCAACCAAACAAGGAAUGCAUGCUAACUAUUUUACACUUAACUGCAUGGUGUAUUUCCCUAAUCAGUGUAUGCAUCUAUAUCGUGCCAACACAAGGCCUGCAUGAGCUUGCAGCUUCACUGUAAUUCUUCACUAUCCUUGCCACUAAUAUGACCACUUCAAGCUUAUAGCUUGUAGUCUAUGCUGGAUGCUGUGAGGCGUACAUGACCCCAAGAUGGGUUGUGAUGUGUAGUGCACUUGGUUGCUCGGUAUCCAGUUGAUGGAUUAGAAUGGUUGGUCACUGCC